AUGCCUCAGAAAAACACAGCCAGAUUCUACUCAGAAACCAAUGGAUUGGUCAAGGCAAUCGACUUCCUGUUGAUCAAACGAGGUCUAUUUGAAUAUUUGAUCAAUCAUUCUACAGAAGGUGGCACAACAGUAGCAUACGGAUUGAUCAAUAUGCUGAGUCUCUUUUCACUCUCCAGAAUACACUUUGAACUGCUCUAUUUCAGUGGAUUUGCAUUGCACAUGCCACAGCCAACUCUCAUGCUACUGAUCAAGGUGUAUUUGAUCAAUUUCGCCAUUUUCACAACUGCGAUUCUCAUUCACAACAGAAACAGUGGGAAAAUCAGUCUGAAUCUGUCAAGAAUCAUCCACGCAUACGCCCUUGCCCAUUGCUACGGUAGCUUCUACCUCCUAUUCGUGAUCUGGGAAUACACUACGCUCUUCUACUUCUUUGCCUUGGACUUUCUGGUGAGCUGCUCUCUGCUUCUGGCUGCUGAAAUUCUCACUGGAACCAAAUCACUCGCAUAUUUGUUGAUUCUGAUGAUGUCAUUAGUGAAAUAUGCAUUUCUAGUCAGAAAAUAUACGAGAGUGUAA